UGAACGUUUGUUUACCAUAUUAUUGUAAAGUCGAAUGUACAUUUCAACAUUAAAUAAAAGGAAUUAUUAUCACACGACAGAAAGUUGGAGACUAGGAAUGGAAAUAUAUAGAACAAGCUAUGGCGUCUAAAUAUGCAGAUGAUUCAGAUACGAAUGGAGUACGCACAACGGAUAUUGAAAAUUUCUUAAGAGUUAUUGAGGGGAAUGAUCAGGAGACGGCCUUGCAAUUACUAUAUGAGAGUUGUGGGUGGUCGCCGGCAUCUCAUUGGCAGAAGCCCAUCACUGAAUAUGGUGACAGUCAUCCAGUAUGGAAGGAUUUUGUCGCUCUGUCAAUGAAAAACAUUGGACAAUUCGAGAUAGAUGAUGAAUCAUUUGAACGUGCAGGACGCUACACAAACGCUGUUCUAGCAUUAAUGUUCAAAGCAAUGACAGAAAAUGCAUCAAGAUAUACAGGUCUCGUCCUUGAAGGUUAUAGUUACCAGGGCAGCUCAAGAGAUGGUCUGAAAGUCAUUUCACCUAAUGAAUUCGAUACAAUGCUGACAUUUCAUAUUGAAAGUUUGGGCUGUGUGGAAAAUAAGAUAGAAAAAGAUGGAAAAGAGGUUGCAGGAUUUUGUUAUAUUAGAGCUGCUGAAGCGUUUACUAUGGAGCAACUAGAAGAGAAAUAUCCGGAAUUAUACAGAUGUGGAAUCUUUGAGAUGAAAGCAGGCAGCGUGUUUAUAUCUUCUCGUAAACUUCAUCAAUGCAUUUUUGAAUCAAUUGUUGACAAGUCCAUCGAAGACAUUGUGAAUAUUGCAAAAGCUCCACAUCUGCAUGGAAAUAAUUUGCCAACAAUCAAGUGCAAAAUGAACCCACCAUCUAUCAAUAUUGUUGUAGAAAUAUCAGACAGAGAUGAUGAUUUGUAUCCAAAUAAAAUAUAGACAUAGUCGCUGCCUUAUUGCUUCACAAAGAAUAUGAAAGAAGUAAUGAAGAUCAGUCAAUACCAUUUCCAGUAUAUGCCCUGUGUAAAUGGAGCGAAAGCGAAAGCAGCAAAGCAUUUGAUUUCGCGGAUUCGGAAAGUAUUUGGCAUAUUUCAAGAGUAUCGUAUCAGAACUACAUCUUUGAUGUCGCACGUCAGGACCAAAGACAACGCUGUGUAAUGAUGGCCAUUCGACUUCUAAAAACCUACUUCAUAAAAUCAAAAGGAAACAAUGAAGACACACCGCAAGUUGUAUCGCUCCUGAAGUCCUACCACAUCAAACAAAUUGGUUUAUACGUACUGCUUUACUUGUGUUACAAAAAACCGGACAUUGUUCUGCAUGGCACAGAAGACACCGUUCGAUAUAUAUUCAUGUUCAUGGGCACAGCACUGACAGAGAAACAACUGCCUCAUUUCUUCCAUUCGCACUCAGAGAUAAAGUUCAUCUUUCCAAAUUACCCUAAAAAUCCUUCGGCCCUGAGCUACGAUUUGUUUCAUGACAUUGAUGCUGAUGCCUUCCGCCAAGCACAUACAUCCUGGAUUUUUAAGGUAGCAGCUGACUUUCUUUUCGAGCCUGGCAUAACUGAUCGGGACUCUUUGAUCCAGACAAAGUCUUUUGAAGCGAGUCUGUCAGCAGAUAAAUGUUUUUAAAUGAUAAACACCAGUGAUAAUAGGACCAUAGCAGUAUUCGUAUACAUGUGUACAUGAUUACCAUAUGCACAAAAUACAUGGACAAAGUACUACAUUUAAAAAAGAUUAGAGUGGAAUUAGAAUAGAAUGGAAAAGAAUAGAAUAAUGUUUCUUUCCAAUAAAGGGACCUUUAAAAUAAUAAAAUACAUGCGUUAUCAUAAAAAUAAAAAACAUAUCACCAAUCAACAGUUAAUUAAUAUAGUAAAAUAAUGUAUUAAAACAACAAUCAGUUGAUUUGAUAUGUGUCUAUGUCAUCCUUAGCCGUGUUUAUCUUCUUCGUCUUCUUUUAAAUCAUUGAUUAAUGACGAAUAAAACUUUAGAUUGUUUCAUUCUAUACCUUAUAAUUGGUUGAAUAUUAAAUUUCACAAUAUCCUCUUCUAUGUUUAAGGUAAGUGUCUCUGGUAGAUGUUUGGAAAUAAUAUUGAUACAGUUACGCUCUAUUCUUUUAAGUAACGAUCUUGAUCUUUUUAUUGUUAAAUUUGGAGCUUUUAUGGUAGUUCCAACGUUUUGAUGAAACCUCGUUUUUAACUUAUUACAUGUAUAAUGUUUUGACUUUAGACCCCAAAACGCAAACUGAUAAAUUGUUUUCAUAAUGCGUUUUUUAAAGUUUUAAAUAUAUCCGCAGAUGGCUUUAUACUUUACAAGUGUCACCAGUAAUUUCUACCUGGUCUAUGAUAGUUACUUUCUCGACGACCACUCCGCUAACUUUUUGAAGCUGAUCUAUUUCAUCGAUAACAUCUACUGCUUGCCUUACUGACAUCUUAAUGUUCUUGCUCAAAAGCAAUAUGCCAAGUCUUGACAGAUACAGUGCGUCUGUUUUUAAAAUGCCUCCUAAUGUGUUACCUUUCUGAACUAAAUUGGAAUUACCACCCAUUUGUAAAUUCUUAUAAUUAUCAUUUGCAAUAUACUUCUUUAAGCUCUUAUUUGUUAGUUAAUUCGUAGUUGAUCCUUGGCAAUCCUAGUGAAAAUAACAACUUUCGUACCAUCUGUGUGCGAUAUUGCAAUAUUUGAUAGUUUUAUAAUUUUAUCAACACAUUCCAUCUCAUUUUUUUGGUCAGUUUUGAUACAUAUGACAUGAAAUAUGUAAGCAUUUCUAUUUGCUGGUGAUAUAGACAGGCGUUUCUUUGCAUCUACUCUAUUUUUGAUGAAACUUUUACUUAUAUAUACUUUAUAUACUUUAACUUUGAUGUACCUAUAGUUUCCACUUCCUGUUCUUUAUUCUUAAGUUGUUAACAUUACUAGUCUUUUUCGUGUCACGAGUUUCAAUAUUUCUUGUGUUAUGUGUUAUUGUUUCUUCCUG